UCAAACAGACAAUUGGCUUAGUAACAAGUUAACCAACUGAUCAUUUAACAACAUCUACACUAGUGUUGUAAUUUCAAAUAAAUAAACAGUUCCUACAAUCAAAAUGGGAGCAUAUAAUUUGGCCCUGGGGGCCUUAUUACUUUUAUCGGUCGCAUGGGCUUCAACUGCGAAAAGUGUUGUUUGCUUCUAUAAUAGCAAAGGUUUUCACCGUGAAGGUCAAGCGAAAUUUCAAAUUAAUGAUUUUGAUGCUGCUCUUCCAUCUUGCACUCAUUUAAUUUAUGGUUAUGCUGGUAUUGAAGCUGAUACAUUUAAAAUCACAUCAUUAGAUUCAAAUCUGGAUCUUCCUGCUGGCAACGACAAUUACAGAACAAUUACUAAAUUAAAGAGUCGAUUCCCUGCUCUGAAAAUAUUACUCUCAGUUGGCGGUGGUGCUGAUUCAGAUAGAAGCAAAUAUUUAACUUUGCUUGAAUCAGCCGAAGCACGCACUUCGUUUGUAAAUUCUGCGUUUAGUUUUCUUCGUGUAUAUGGAUUUGAUGGCCUUGAUUUAGCUUGGGAAUUUCCUGAAACAAAACCGAAGAAAAUCCAUGGUACUUUAGGUUCCGUUUGGAAAGGAAUUAAAAAAGUAUUUGGAUCAACUAAAAUAGACGAAAAUGAAGAGGCCCAUCGUGAACAAUUUGCAGAUUUAGUACGUCUGACUAAAGCAGCUUUCAAACCGGAUAAACUUAUGUUAACACUUUCUGUAAUUCCAAAUGUAAACAAUUCAGUUUAUUUCGAUGUUCGUAAAAUUAUCCCAGAAGUUGAUCAAGUGCAUCUUUUGGCUUACGAUUAUUACACACCUGAACGUAAUCCAAAAGAAGCUGAUUAUCCAGCACCAAUCUAUGAAUUAAUCGAUCGUAAACCAGAUGCAAAUGUAAAUGCUGCUGUUCGCUACUGGUUGGAUCAUGGUGCACCUGCCACAAAAAUUAUUGUUGGUAUUCCAACAUUUGCUAGGACAUUCAAAAUGACAUCCGAUUCAGUUGUAUCUGGUGUGCCACCACUUACUAUUGAUGGGCCAGGCGAAGCUGGUGCAUAUACCAAAGAAGAAGGACUUUUAAGUUAUGCUGAAGUUUGCACGAAAAUUAAUUCACCAGUUAGUACAAAAGGACCUGCUGCAAAAUUACGUAAAAUUGGCGAUCCUACAAAACGUUACGGUGCUUAUGCAUUCCGACUACCCGAUGAUAAUGAUGAACAUGGCGUGUGGGCUGGGUACGAAGAUCCUGAUGUAGCAAAGGAAAAAUCUACUUAUGUUAAACAUAAUGGCCUUGGUGGAGUCGCUGUUUGCGACUUAACACUUGAUGACUUCAAAGGUUUAUGUACUGGAGCCAAAUAUCCAAUUUUGAGUGCAGCAAGAAGUGCUUUGGGCUAAUAUACCUACAUUUAAAAUCAAUAUUAUUUUAAUUAUAUAAUCAGAAGAUGUGUAGAUGAUUAUUACAAUU